AUGGCAAACUUACUUUUUCUGGUUUUGAUUUUGACGGUGAUAAUGUCGAAAGAAAUUAACUGUGAAGACAAUAACAAAGGUUACCAUGUAGAGGUCAUCGCUACGCCGCAGUCGUCUGUUGUAAGAGAUGGUGACAUCGUGACCUUGACCUGUUGGAAUGACCUCCCGAUGAAUUUACGGAAUAAUGUAAAUGUACAAUGGACAGUUACCAAUGCUAGAUACAAUACCGAUACACAUAAAUGGAGGAACGAAUCAAACAUUUUAACUGUGAAUGUGUCGUACACAAAUGAUUGUGAUGUAUUCUCAUGUCAACUUUUCCUCAAUGGUGUUCGAAUCAGCGCCGACAACAAAAAGCCGUUUAAAAUCAAUAAAAUCAACAAAUCAGGCUAUAGGUCAAGUAUAACAGCAUACCCCAGACAGCCGACAUACGGCGAUCGCCUGACUUUAACCUGCGACUCCGAUUUUACAUAUAGCAAUGUUACCAAUCAGACGGGGUACAGAUGGUAUAAAAUAAUUGAUACUAAGUCAGUUCUCUUGAAUAAUACCGAGAAGACAUAUUCUUUAGGACCAUCAUUAACUGAAGGGGAUCAGGGAAGCAUCUUCCAAUGUAAACCAGUUUAUAAGUUCAUAGGUUUCAGCCUAAGUCCUCAAUACACAGUCAAUAUAUUCAUCGACAAUACCGUUCUUGUGAUUUGUGUGGUCAUAGGAGUUAUAGCAGUUCUGAUUUUUACAACUAUCAUGGUUCUUAUUUUUACUAGAAGGAGAAAGGACAAAGGUGAGAGACUGGUAGAAGAUGAAAAUAUACACAGAGAUAGUCCAUCGAGAUCUUCAGAGGGAUCCGGUAGCGUCGGUAUUUUCGCCAGAGCCCCAUCUUUUGAGGGAACAUCGGAACAAAUAAGAGGCAGUGAGCCUACCAUCGGCUCAUCAGAAACUAACUAUGUCCAUAACAAUGACGAUAGCAGAACUAAUAUUAAUCUACCUAGAAUGAACAGCGAUAGGCGUUCUUCGGAAUCCAGACGUGUCCACUUCCCGCUUUCAGACUAA